AUGUCUACCCGGGGAGAUGACCGCUCCUACAAGGUUGUCUACUCGAGCCGAACCCGAGAUGAAGUCGAUGAGCGAAUUCCCGCCCGAAAGCCGAGGCGCGAUUACGACUAUGACGACGAGUACCGGGUGGAAAAAUCAUACUCUCGAGAUUAUCGCGACGAUGGCAUUGAGAUUGACCGGAGGUCAAGGACUAGUGAUACACGUACUCAGCUGCCUCCGCCGGUAGGUGCGACAAAGACGACUUAUGAAAUCGGCCGCGAUAGAAAUGCCGAGUCAUAUGUCAAACGUUCCAACGCUGUGAUUAUUGAUCGACCCCGCGAUAAUGGUCGAUACGAGUAUGAGAUCCUUCGGCCCGAACGGAGAAACGAUGGAGCAUAUGUCUUCGAUCUUGAUCGUCGACACUCACGCGACUACCAAAUUGAUGUGGAUUCGAGGGCUUAUGAGCGACCUCCACGCUCGAGAUACGGUGAUCCACCAUUGACGGUGUCCAAGAAAGUGGACGAUGUGCUUGUGUCUGAAACUACUCGAGGCGGCGGACGUGAUCGCACCGUGAGAGAUGUGCGGUACAAGGACGUCCAAGUUACGGAAGAAAUCGACGGUGACACUCGCUCCAGCCGCCGAGGUCGCUCUUCGGACGCUUAUGUCGACGAUGUUGCUCCGCCGAGACGACUAAGGAGUGCAAUGCGCGGCAGAAAUAACUCGCCGCCCUCUCUCAUGGAACGACGGCGCGAACACAGCGUAGGAUUCUACAGAGAUCAAAUCAGUCACCACGAUGCCAGUGAAGGCAGGCACGAAAGGCCAGGAGCCGAGGCGCACUUGGCCGGUCGGUAUCUUGUUGGCAACGGGGAAUUCGAGGAUGAUGUUUAUGCGGCGGCCUACACUCGCCGCAACAGAAGCCGAAGCCGCUCCCGAGGACGGUACGGUCCUCAGAGGAGUGAUCCAAGACUCCAUGAGUACGACGAAGAGGACGAUCAGCGACGAACCUACACCGAGGAAACGAUGCGACGAUAUGAAUACGAAGAUGAACAACGACCCCGAUAUCCUCCGCAGAGGGCCCACUCGCGAAGACGACACCACCGCCAUCAUCAUCGUGGUGAUGACCGUGAUGAGGACCGUGAUGAUGACAGCUACUCGGAGUACGAAGUGGUCAAACGGACCACCAAAGAGUAUUACCGAUAG